AUGGUCUGCGCGGUCUUGGAGUCCGAGUCCUAUCUCUUCUCGAAUGCCGAGCUCGAUAUCCUCUCCUCCUUCUUCAUGCUUUCGUAUCCCGCGCGGUACCUCUUCGUCCGCUUGCUGCAACGUAAGAAGGACACUUGGUACCGUCUCGACCGGCUGGAAGCGUACCGCUCUGAAGUUCAGGAUCUUCAGGCAGCAACAAAGGAACUCGCAACGCCCAUCUUGUCACCACCUUCAGACGGACCCAAAGUCGAGACUGCCAGGGCCGAGGAACAGGAUCGACGUAAGCUGGCUCUCGAUACGGACAAGGAGAACGCUACCUUGACCUUGCCUGGUCUUCAACGCGAAUUGAAGAUCGAUGAAGAGACUGGACUGCCUCGCACGCCUACGUAUCGUCACAAGCAACCGCUGGCCGAAUCAUCCAACCCGAUCAAUGGAGCUGUUCGAAACGCUUCCACGCUAAGUACCGAGGCACAGGAAGCAGUGCUGAAUCGCUUCGUCAUGACCGACCGCGAUAUGAAGGGCGGCAUUGCCGAAUCCCUCUCUCUGCUCACGAUUGAGGAGCUCAAACUCAUUUCAAAGAACAUGGGCAUCGCAAAGAUCGGCAUCACACGCGCGCAGAUCGUUGCAACCCUGUCUGCGACCAAAUCGCAGUCGAUGCUAUUCAGAAGUCCUAUCAAGCAAUCGAGUGGUACAACUGCCGGCUCCAAGCAACUCACGCUAAACUUUGGAAACUCCAAGGCGGCACCGCCUCAAGCAUCGCGGCUCAAAGACGAGCUGUCCGCAGCGCUGGGAGGCGGUUGCGUCCAGGUGCUUCCUGCUGUCCGCUCGCUCGUCGAUCGUGUCGCGCUCGUCUACUAUCGAGGCAACUUGCUGGGCAGCGCUGCGCUCACCACCGCCAUCCUGUCCCGCUCACGCAUUCGCAACUAUCCUAAGUACGCCUACAGGCGCACGAGUUUCCUUUUCCCCUCUCGAGACCACUUGAUCGCCUUUGAGCGCGCGCUCGGCAUCGAAGCGGAGAUGGACCACCUCAUCCAGUUUGGCAAGAGCGAGGCGGAUUUCCGAAACGCACUGGAGCUAUUCGAGUCAGUGUGGGCCGAGUGGACGUCGUGUGUGCAGGAGUGUGUGGCGGCGCAUCCGGAAGGAAUCGAUAAGAUGGUUUACCACAGGAUGCGGUUUCACCCUGGGUGGGUGCUGACACGGGUGGUGUACAAAGGCGCGACGGUCCUGGCGAGGUUCAAGCAGAGAGAGCGCGAGAAGGAGGUGCUGAAGGCUUUGCUGGAUCAGAAGGUGUUCCGGCGCGGGCGGAGAGGCGAUUGGUACGACCGGUUAGCGCUCGUCACUGCACUGUACUCGGAGGAUCAGCGCAAGGGCAAGCGCGAAGCACUACAGAUCAGCGUCAGAGGGCUGCAGGAUCCUGACACGCAUCUCAUUUACCACGACACGCUGCAGCGCCGCAUCGCGAGGCUCGAGUCGCAGCUGCGUAUUCCAAGGUCGGAACAGCACGACUUUUCGUAUACAAAGCUGAAGAAGACGACAGAGGUCGAGUUUAGGGGGCUGCGUUUGGACAGCAUGGUCGAGACGGACACGCGCACGAACGAGCCCAUGACGGCGUUGUCACGGUUUUUGCAGGCUGGCGCUUCGCCACCGACGUCGCCGGAUGAAAUGCGGUCGAGGAGUAGUACACCACCGAGGGCUUGGUCGCGCAGUGGGAGCGGGAGUCCGAGCAAAGCGUCGCCCCCAAAACGUGUUUCGAGCGGGUUCGAGACACGGAAACCGUUGUUCAAGCGGGUCAAGAUCGAGUCGUUUUCCAAUCCAGCCUGGGUCAAAGCGGAACAGGACACGACUAGAAAAGUCGAAGCGGACGAGGCAGCAGACGUUCAGCCGAGACUGGCGGACGAGACGGCAUCGGAACGAGCCACAGUCAAAAAGGAAGAAGAUCUAGACGACAUUUCGUGGGACGACAUUACCGCUCCCGCCCCGGACCCCACCGCCCUGUCGAUCAUGAUUGGCAGCGAGGGCCCUUCAUCCGUGACCACGUCGACACGUCGUUCGAUGCGCAGCGUCUGGCGCGGGCUCGACAAUCGGCCGUGUCACGUGGAGCAGCUCUGUCUCCAGAACUACGCGCUGCAGGACUUUAAAGGUUACCACUGCGAGGGCAAGCUGUUGACCAUGAUCUUUGUGCUCGUCAUGUGGGACGUCAUCUUCAUGGAUGGCGUUGCGGGCUCGUUUGAGACCCCGUAUCAGUCGGCGCCGCUCGACCUCGCGUCGGAUUCGUUUGCCAUCGUGCGCAGCCAGCAGAUCCGCGACCGGCUCGACCACGUCGAACGCACGGGUGGUCUCGACCUCAUUGCCAGUGCCGACGAUCGCGAGCGCGCGAACCGGACGUGGGCGGUGGGCUGUAGAUGGGACCUGUUUAGCAAGCAGGACCUGCUCGAGGUCGCCGAGUGUCUCGGUGGGCACAGCAUCAGCGUUGUUUGUCAGAUGCUGGUCGAGGAGUGGGAUCAGUGCUCUUCGGGGAUGCCGGAUCUGGUGAUUUGGCGAAUGCGGGAUAAAGUGGUGCGGUUUGUGGAGGUGAAGGGGCCCGGGGACAGGUUGAGCGAGACGCAGAAGGUGUGGAUCGAUGUGCUGUUGAGGGCGGGGGUCGAGGUGCAGGUUGGGAUGGUUAGGGAGGGGUGA